CCGGCCCAGCCGAGCCCCCGCCGCAGGCGCCCGGGAGGAGGCGCGCCAAGAUCACCGGCCGGGAGCGCAAGGCCAUGAGGGUCCUGCCGGUGGUGGUCGGGGCCUUCCUGGUGUGCUGGACUCCCUUCUUUGUGGUGCACGUCACCCGGGCGCUGUGUCCCACCUGCGCGGUGCCCCCGAGGCUGGUCAGCGCGGUCACCUGGCUGGGCUACGUCAACAGCGCCCUCAACCCCGUCAUCUACACCGUCUUCAACGCCGAGUUCCGCGCCGUUUUCCGCAAGGCCCUGCGCCUCUGCUGCUGAGCGGGAACCCGCCACCGCCACCCCUAACAGCGUCCUCUGCGAGGACCCGGCCAUGCCUCCGGGGCCAGGACCCCAGCAAGGGAACGGGGUGCUUUUGUACCGCUAAGAUUAAAGAAAUUCCUUCCUAAA